AAAAAACAUGGCGGACCAAAUUUCUCUCUGAGUCAGUGAUCUUCCUGAUCAAAACUUGUCGUCGGGUGAGCUGUAAACGUUAGAGUCCUGUCGUACAUUAAUUUGAAUAGUUUUUAAGACAUUAAGAAAUUCUGAUCUUCUGAUGUAGGACGUGAACAUCCAUAAGAAACUAGCUAUUUCUGUUCGGUUCUGUUGUCACUACGUACUCAAAGCGAGACGGUUUCGAUUGAAUAAGACAAUAUGUGAGGAAAAAAUAGAAAAAGCUGGCUCUUUGGGGGCAUUGAGACUUUUGGGACAGCAAAUCGAAACCAAGAGGGGUAGGCUUGGUUUGUUGAAGAGUUUUCAACGCGACACAGGCAAAGUGUUGUUCAUACUUCCUGUUCUCUUGACCCGUAUUCUUCACGCGCCGAUUCAUGCUCUGCAAACUUUCCUCUUUGGAAGACAUUUUGUGGCUGUAGCUUUCAAGAAGAUGCCGUCUUGUCUUCAUUUGAACUCUACCGAUGAAGUAAAUGUGGAAGCGAUUAAAAGGAAAAUGAAAGAGGGGAGUUGUGAUAAUUGUGAAAAGUCAGGAUCAGAUUUGUGGGUCUGCUUGCAGAAGUGUUGUUCCUUUGUAGGGUGUGGGCGAUUUGGUAGCAAUCACAUUGAGCUUCACAAUCAGGAAACCAAUCACCACUUGUGCUUACAACUUCAAGAUUUUAAAAUGUGGUGUUUUAGCUGCCAGGCUGAAGUGCAGCCAUCUGAUAGCUCUGCAGGUAGUACCGAUGGAGCUAGUCCUUCAAGACCAAAGACUCAUGAGGUUUUGGAUAUGGAAGAUGCUCUAGAAUUGGAGAAAGGUUUAAAGCCAAGAGGGUUAUGUGGCUUGUCAAACCUUGGAAACACUUGUUACAUGAAUGCGGCUCUUCAAGCUCUAUCAAACUGUCCACCCCUAACUCAAUACUUCUUGGAAUGUGGCAGCUUUGCGAAAGAAACAAAGAACUCUUCUGUCUGCAAACAUUAUUCACUUCUAGUUGAUGAAUUAUGGUCUAGGAAAAGACCAAGAUAUGUUGUGCCAUCCCAGCUGCUUCGUAGUGUUCGGCUGAUCAACUCACAGUUCAGAGGUUAUGGGCAACAGGAUGCUCAGGAAUUCCUACGCUGCAUAAUGGAUCAGUUGCAUGAGGAGAUGAGGCAGCCUUUGCUGUCACUGACAACUGACCCAGAUUCCUCAGAAAGUGAUGAUGAAGAACCAAACCAUCAGAACAAAAGAUUGCUAGGGGGAACAAGCCUGUCUCACACUGAAAACCUGCAAGAUGAUGAUGGUGAUGUAGACAUGUAUUCAGACAGUGGUGAUGAUGUCAUGAAUGACAAACCACUUCAUGUUGACACAGCAGAAGAGCAGGCUGACCAGGAUAUGGAGUCUAAUGGGGCCUCCAAAUCCAAGCGCAGGAAGACUAACACAGAUCCUGUGGAUGAUAAUGAUGUGACCGUGUCUGUCGAGGGUGAAACAAUGAGUAAUGGUGAAACAGAGCAUCCUGAUCAAGUUGAUGAAAACAUGGACAGUGAGGAUGUUGCAUUAAUCAAAGAAGAAAAGCCUGUAGAUUCAGGCACAAAGGAGCAUAUGAAGCAGCCAUCUCAUCAGGAAAGAGCCAAAAGGGAGCAAAUAGCUGAAAGAAGGAAGAAAAAGAAGAAAGUACCUUUGAACUACAGCAGUAUAGUGACUGACCUAUUUGAUGGCACAAUACAGAGUUCAGUGCAGUGCCUUACCUGUCACAGGGUUUCAUCAAGGGCAGAAACAUUUCAAGAUGUUUCACUACCAAUUCCAGGCAAAGAUGAGCUGACAGUUCUUCAUGCUUCACAAUGCACACCUUUAGCAUCAUGCUCAUCUGUUAUAGACAGAGAUCAGGAUAAAAGCUGGAUGUCAACAUUACUUGAAUGGCUGAGAAGCUGGUUUUUAGGUCCACAAGUCACACUUUCAGACUGCUUGUCAGCAUUUUUUUCAGCAGACGAAUUAAAAGGAGAUAACAUGUACAGCUGUGAAAAGUGCAAAAAGCUGAGAAAUGGUGUCAAACUUUGUAAAGUAAUGCGCCUUCCUGAAAUUUUGUGCAUUCAUCUGAAGCGUUUUAAACAUGAAAUGUACUUCUCUUCAAAAAUAAAUCACUUUAUUUCAUUCCCAUUGACUGGAUUGGACAUGAAACCAUUUUUGGUUAAAGAUUUUCAUAAACAGGAUCCAACCCAGAGGUGUACCACUUAUGAUCUUGUUGCCAUUAUCACACAUCAUGGCAAUGUUGGAGCUGGACAUUAUGUUACCUUUGCCAAAAACUAUAUCAAUGGUAAAUGGUACGAGUUCAAUGACUCCUGGGUCAGUGAAGUUUCUGAUUCAUAUGUUGCUGAUGUGGAAGCCUAUGUGCUGUUUUACAGGAAAUCAAGUGACGAAGCAACCAGAGAACGACAGACUUUCUUCAAUUUACUGAAAGAUGCUCAGACCCAUGAAUCCAGGUAUUUUGUUUCAAAGAAAUGGUUGACAAAGUUUCAGUCUUGUAUGGAGCCAGGUCCAAUCACAAACUCUGAUUAUUUGUGUCGCCAUGGAGCUGUUCAUCCACUGAACUUUGAGAAAAUUCAUGACAUUACAGUUCCACUUCCAGAAUCUGUGUGGAAGCAUCUUGUUAACCGGUUUGGUGGAGGUCCCCCAGCUACAAAGCUAAACAUCUGCAGACACUGCAAGAAAGCCUUAGAUGACCUUGAAAGAAGAAGACAAAGAGAAAUGGAAAUGUUCAAGAGGUUGAAUCAUGAGUAUCCAGCCAAUGAAAAUGUGGAUGUGUAUUUCAUCAGUAUGCGUUGGUUCAAACUAUGGGAAAUGUUUGUAAAAGGACAGGAAGAUGAUCCUCCAGGCCCUAUAGACAACAGCAAUAUAUUUGUUUUAAAGGGAAACACAAAAGUACUCAAACCAAACUCUGAAAAUGGGCAGUUAUCACAAGAGACAUGGACAUUUUUGCAUGAUAUUUAUGAAGGAGGUCCUGUGUUAUUUUAUGAGGGAGAAAAGGAUAAUGAAGAAAAACAAGACCUCAAGGAUGAGGAGGAAGACAUUCAACAGGAGUGAAACAGUUGAUAGGUAAUUUUAAGAACAUUUCUUGAGCACAAAAUUGAGUAAAGCUAGCUUGGUUUUAGGCAACAAUUUUAUUUACCAACAAAACUAAGUUCUUCCUCUGUGGGACCUGGAUGCCUUUUUUAUUAACUCUUGGUGCACCUGAAUGGUAAAUUUCUGUUAAGAUUAUUCAUAGGUAAGAGAUACUCAGCAUUCCUGUUUUCUAACCAGGGUUUCAUAAUUUAUGUCAGGACCUGUAAGCAAUGACUACCAGACACUGAACACCUCUGGACUGCAAACCCUUUGAUGAGAGUUUUAUUCUCUGCAAGCCUUUAACAACUAUAUCCUGUACUUAAAAUUAGUGUACUUAGCCUUUUAUUUCAACUAAAGAAACUUGUUUUUACCAGUAUAAAAUUCAUCCAAAAGAAUCCAAAAAUAUUCUUCUAUGAUAAAUUAAUCUAAGACAUCCUUGAAUGGAAUGUAAUCCAACAGAGUUCAUCAAGGAAAGAAAAUGCAUUUACAAUACAAAAGAAAAUCACGCAGUGAACCACAGAGUGAAUAUUUGAUUUGUCUUAAGCUGGAUUUCUUUAGCCCAGCAUGUUUUAUGGAAAUUAGAUUAAGGGAUGAUGAAUUAGGCUCUGUUUCCUAGCCAUCAACCCAAAAGUCACAGAAAUCAAUAAUUUAUUGCUAUUCAGUACUAUGCACUUCCUACCCAGGCUCUCAAGAGGCAGCCCCCUUCCAAAAAAAUAUUCUCAAAUAAAGCUUUUUAAGUUGAAAUGACUUAAGCAGGGUCAGUUGACAAAUUUGGUAUGAAACUAAAUUUCCCCCUUCCCUCCCCUCCCUUCCAAAGUAAAAUUAGAGCCAGUUGGGAAACUAGGUCAGAUUAGUCAUUCAACCAUGAAGAAUGAAAGAACUGAUAAUUACCCAUAAACUGUGUGACAGGUUAACUACAGGCAACAACAGUUGUCAAAACAAAAUGAUUAAUGUUUAUUUUGUAAAUACUUUAGAUCAAAGUAUUACCUGAGGUAGCAUAAAGGUACUUGAACACCUUUUUGAUAACCCAAAAUUAGAAUAAACUUUCUCUCCAAGGUGUUAAGUAAAGUAUCUUAUACAUGCAUGAGGUAUUUACUAGGAAACAAGUCCUUCUGUCACCAUGUUGAUAUAAAAGUGGCAAUAAAUUUCUCUUC